ACUUCGGGCUUGUGCUUCGCAGAUCUAUACCCCUCAAUGGCCUCGUAUAGCAAACAGAUGUGAUGUCAGUGACUAUGUUUCUAUUCAGGGCAUCAGGCCUCCCGUUUCUAUGCCACAGUAUGGAGCCUUGGCCGCCUUGGGUAGGCAAGGCCUCCCGGGAAUACUCAUUGCCAUUUCACCGCUACUGCAACUUCAAGUGAAGAGAAAGAGGGGAAAGAAAAGAUAUAAUAUCAUAUCACCACCACUCAUCUACCACAAUGAAGACCUUCACCACCAUCACAUCUCUCCUCGCUCUCUGCUCCUCGGCCCUGGCCGCACCAGUGGAAGCUGCUGAAGCGGCUGGCACCACAGUUUCUGUCUCCUACGACACUGUCUACGAUGUCUCUGGAACUUCAUUGACCACCGUCUCCUGCUCGGACGGUACCAAUGGCAUGAUCAGCAAGGGCUACACCACCUUCGGCUCUCUUCCGGGCUUCCCCAGAAUCGGAGGCGCUCCUACUAUUCCAGGCUGGAACUCUCCCAACUGCGGCAAAUGCUACGCCUUGACGUACAACGGCCAGACAGUCAACAUUUUGGCCAUUGACGCCGCACCUGGUGGCUUCAACAUCGGCCUGGAUGCCAUGAACCAACUCACUGGCAACCAGGCCCAGAACCUGGGUCGUAUUGACGCUACCUACACCGAGGUGGAUGUCAGCCAGUGCAAAUGAACGCCAAAUUAUUGAGCAUUGUGCUUGGGAGAUGAUAUCGGGUAUUGCGGGGAUUGGCUACGAUGGGAUAUGAUUUCGGGGUUACGAUUGAUACGCUUUUUUGGGAUACUUUCCUUUAUCUUACCUACUGUUAAUAACAUAAUACG